CAAAUUAUUAGGUAUUUGUUGUAAAAAAAAAAAAGGAAAGGAAAGGAAGAAUUUAAUAAAGGAAAUGUCAAAUAAUAACAGGUGGAAUUGGGAGGUGAGCGGCUUUGAACCGAGGAAAUCUCCGGCGACGGAACAGAAAUCGUCAUCUCCGGCUCCGCUUGUUCGGAGAUACUCGAUCUCUACUCCCUCAAUUGUUCCGCAUUCUGAACUCAUUUCUAAACACACUGUUGCUACUAAACUACAUAAUCUAAAAGAUAAACUCAAGCAUGCAAGAGAAGAUUAUGCACAACUGAGACAAGAAGCCAUUGAUCUCCAAGAGUACUCUAAUGCAAAACUUGAUCGAGUAACACGAUAUCUAGGUGUUCUUGCUGAGAAGACCCGUAAGCUAGAUCAGGCUGCUCUUGAAGCUGAAGCUAAAGUUGCACCGCUUAUAAAUGAGAAGAAACGAUUGUAUAAUGAGUUAUUUUCUGCUAACGGAAACAUAAAGGUCUUUUGUCGAACAAGACCCCUUUUUGAGGAUGAAGGACCAUCAGUUGUUGAGUUUCCUGAUGAUUUCACUAUACGCAUUAAUACUGGUGAUGAUACUGCAUCCAACCCGAAGAAAGAUUAUGAAUUUGAUAGGGUUUAUGGACCACAUAUUGGACAAGCUGAAGUUUUCACAGAUGUUCAACCUUUUGUCCAGUCAGCUUUAGAUGGACACAAUGUAUCAAUAUUUGCUUAUGGGCAAACAGGUUCUGGAAAGACACAUACGAUGGAAGGUUCUAGCCAUGAUCGUGGUUUAUAUGCCAGAUGCUUUGAGGAGCUGUUUGAUGUGUCUAACUCAGAUACAACUUCAACUUCCCGGUUUAAUUUUUUUGUAACUAUUGUUGAGCUCCACAAUGAGCAGAUUUAUGAUUUGCUUUAUGAGUCAGAGAGUUCUCUGCCAAAGGUGCGGAUGGGUUCAGUAGAUUCUUUUGUUGAUGUUGUACAGGAAAAGGUUGACAAUCCACUAGAUUUCUCCAAAAUCAUCAAAAAAGCACUUCUGAGUAGAAUUAGUGACGAAACCAAGAUUAAUGUUUCUCAUCUGAUAAUCACAAUACAUAUCUAUUAUGACAAUUUGAUCACUGGCGAAAAUUUAUAUAGCAAGCUUUCUCUUGUUGACUUGGCUGGAAGUGAAAGCCUAGGUCUGGAAGAGAAUAAUGGAGAGCAGACAACAGACAUGCUACAUGUGAUGAAAUCACUAUCUGCGUUGGGAGAUGUAUUAGCUUCUUUGACAUCGAAGAAGGAAGAUGUUCCUUACGAGAACUCUUUGCUUACAAAGGCUCUUUCUGAUUCACUUGGUGGAAGCUCAAAAUCACUGCUUGUUGUAAACAUAUGUCCUGAUGUUUCAAAUUUGUCUGAGACAUUAUCAUCUCUGAAUUUCUCUGCUAGAGCUCGAAACACAGUAUUGAGUCUUGGAAACCGAGAUACCAUUAAGAAGUGGAAAGAUGUUGCAAAUGAUGCUCGCAAGGAUUUUUAUGAAAAGGAAAAAGAAGCACUUGAUCUAAAGCAGGAAGUCGUGGGACUAAAACAAGCACUUAAAGGUGCAAAUGAUCAGUGUGUGCUGCUAUUCAAUGAAGUUCAGAAGGCCUGGAAAGUUUCUUUUGCGCUACAGUCAGAUUUAAAGGCAGAAAAUAUCAUGCUUGAUGAAAAGCAUAAGAUAGAGAAGGAUCAGAACAAUGAACUGAGAAAUCAAACAGCUCAAUUAUUGCACCAAGUGCAAGACCAGAAAUUGCAGUUACAACAACGUGAUUCAACAAUCGAGUCUUUACAGGCAAAACUGAAAAGCAUUGAGGCACAGGUAAAUGCAGCACUUCAGUCUGGUGAGAAUAACUCCAAAGUAAGUUCAGACGCAACAGGGGAAGGUAUAGAGUCUAUAGCUGUCACCAAGAAACUUGAAGAAGAACUCCUGAAACGUGAUGCCCUGAUUGAGAGGUUGCAUGAAGAAAAUGAGAAGCUUUUUGAGCGAUUGACUGAGAAGGCUUCUUCAAUUGGAAGCCAACAGGCAUUACCAGCACCGCCCAAGAAUCUAGAUGAGACCCAUGACCUUGGAAGUAAUAAUAAAGAACGUGCAAUGGAUGUUGUUCCUUUCUCUGCUGAAAAGAAGACUGAUGGUACUGUAGCUUUAGUCAAGCCAGGUCAAGACAAGAUAAAGUCAACCCCAGCAGGGGAGUAUCUUACAUCUGCUCUGAAUGAUUUUGAUCCUGAACAAUAUGAUGGCCUUGCUGCUAUUUCUGAUGGAGCAAACAAACUACUAAUGCUGGUUCUAGCUGCUGUAAUCAAGGCAGGUGCUUCACGAGAACAUGAAAUACUUGCCGAAAUCAGAGAUGCUGUUUUUAAAUUUAUUCGUGAAAUGGAGCCACGUAGAGUGAUGGACACCAUGCUUGUUUCCCGUGUUAGAAUCUUGUAUAUAAGAUCAUUACUGGCCAGGUCACCUGAGCUGCAAUCUAUCAAGGUUUCUCCAGUUGAAAGAUUUCUUGAAAAACCUACCACCGGACAUAGCAGAAGCUCUAGCAGAAGUAGCAGCCCUGGAAGAUCUCCUGUGCGUUAUGAUCCCACCCUUAAAAAUGCUCUCAUGGUUGAAGGCCAGAUGCAUGGUUUCAGAGUAAAUCUAAAGCCCGAGAAGAAGUCAAAAUUAUCAUCCGUUGUUUUGAAGAUCCGUGGAAUUGAUCAGGAAUCAUGGAGACAGCACGUUACAGGUGCUAAGCUAAGGGAAAUAACAGAUGAUGCCAAAGCAUUUGCUACUGGCAAUAAGGCUCUUGCUGCUCUUUUUGUUCAUACCCCAGCUGGCGAGCUGCAGCGCCAAAUCAGAUCAUGGCUUGCAAUGAACUUUGACUUUCUUUCUGUCAGUGGUAUGGAUGCUGUAGGUGGGGCAACAGGUCAGCUGGAGCUUCUUUCUACUGCAAUAAUGGAUGGUUGGAUGGCUGGGCUUGGUGCUGCUAUUCCUCCCAUUACUGAUGCACUUGGCCAACUUUUAGCAGAGUAUGCUAAAAGGGUUUAUAAUUCCCAACUGCAACACCUCAAGGAUAUUGCUGGUACAUUAGCAGCCGAGGCUGCAGAUGACUCAUCACAAGUAGGAAAACUGCGUUCUGCUCUGGAGUCUGUUGAUCACAAGAGAAGAAAGAUUCUGCAACAAAUGAAAGGUGAUAAUGCAUUAUUAACAUUAGAAGAUGGUGGUUCACCUAUCCGGAAUCCUUCUUCUGCUGCCGAGGAUGCUCGACUUGCAUCUUUAAUUGCCCUUGAUGGUAUUCUGAAGCAUAUCAAGGAAAUAAUGAGGCAAUCUUCGGUUAAUAUAAUGAGUAGAAGUAAGAAGAGGGCGUUAAUUACUUCAUUAGAUGAUCUUUCUGGACAAAUGUCGUCCCUGCUUGAAAUUGACCAUCCAUGUGCACAAAGGCACAUUGCAGAUGCUCGCCGUGUUGUAGAGUCUAUUGUCGAAGAGGACGACAAGCCCCAAGGGACAUCAAGCGUUGCUGCGGAUGAACUUUUAACUGCUGAAACUGAUGUCACACAGUGGAACGUCUUGCAGUUUAACACAGGCUCCACAUCCCCCUUCAUCAUUAAAUGUGGAGCAAAUUCGCAUUCGGAACUAGUCAUCAAAGCGGAUGAUCGGGUUCAAGAACCAAAAGGUGGUGAGAUUCUUAGGGUUGUUCCAAGGCCUACAUUUUUAGAGAACAUGAGCUUGGAGGAAAUAAAAGAGGUGUUUAGUAAACUCCCAGAGGCUUUAAGUCUACUUGCCUUGGCUAGAACAGCUGAUGGAACCAGGGCCCGUUAUUCCAGAUUAUAUAGGACUCUAGCUAUGAAGGUUCCAGCACUCAGGGACCUUGUUGGCGAGCUUGAAAAAGGUGGUGGACUUAAAGAUGUCAAGUCAUGAAGGCAGAAGAUUAUGGUUUUUUGUGAAAGAAUUUCCAUUAAAAUUUCAUUUGUGCCUAUAUGUUUAUAUCAAUUUUAUAUGUAUGUGUGGCAAAUUUAGGCUGUAAUUCACUCUAACGGCUGUACUUUCUUUUGAGAAGUCUCCCUUCUCUCCUUCCAGUUCCCAGUGCGAAAUAGAAGGUUUUGCAACCUUUGUCUUGCUAGAUCAUUUCUAGUAGCCUUUCAUCCAA